CGUAAUUUGCCAGAAAAGCGUCUGUCAUUUAGUUGGCUGACUUAAGUAGAAAAGCUGGGAAAACAAAAAAAGAGUGAUAUCCAAGCCUUUUGUGAGUGAAAAAUCAACGCUAAACCAGUUUUCAAUUACAUUAGCCAGUACAAAACUAAGAAGCAACAAUGUUGAUCAAAGUGAAGACGCUAACCGGAAAGGAAAUCGAGAUCGACAUUGAGCCGACGGACAAGGUGGACCGAAUCAAGGAACGGGUGGAGGAAAAGGAAGGUAUUCCCCCGCAGCAGCAGCGACUGAUUUUCUCCGGCAAACAAAUGAACGAUGACAAAACUGCACAGGACUACAAGGUUCAAGGUGGUUCCGUGCUGCAUUUAGUGUUGGCACUGCGUGGUGGACGGCUGUAAAUUUUAACUGAAUGCAAACUAAGGCAAAAAUAAAUCGUAAUAAGCUGGAAGUGAGAUUGACUCGUAGACAAAAGAUGUUGGAAAAUUGUGUUCCUGGCUAUGCAAAACCCAAUUUCUAUUUCGUAAUGAUCUGAAGUUGUUUUUCUAUUAUUUGCUGGGAAAUAAAAAUGUAAUUCACCUAACAGAAAUAA